AGAAAACACGCUUGAAGUUAGUAAAGCCCAAAAUAAUAACAAGGAAAAUCACAAAGAAAUAUGUAAUUUUAUUAUCAAUUACAUUAAAAUUCAAACUUCAAAUAGUUCAGACGUAAUUUAAUUUCAUUGAUUCAGAUCAUGCCUUCAUUAGUAUUCCUUUGGAGCAACUCUUUUUUUAGUUAAAUGGGUUUAAACGCAAUAUCUUCUGCCCUACUAAAGGGCAUUUACCAUAGUUUUAAGGGAAUGAGUGUAAUUUGUUAUUUAGAUAAAGAAAUAAAUGAACGGAAACAAAAUAGGCACAGUCCUACCAUUAGACAAAAGCACAUAGAAAGAGAACCUUCGCCCCAUCCACAUCAACGAAAACAAGAAGACUCUAAAGUAAUUCAUAAAGUACUACAAUGUGCAACUUUAAAUGGAGGCAUAUUUUUGGCCAGCGUUUUUGUAUUUGAAUGUUUGUUGUUGCCCAGCCUAAACAAGUUUUUCAGUGUUUUGUUUGGCAGUGAUGCUUUUGUAACGAUGGUAGUGUGGUCGUGGAUAGAAUAUAUUGUUCUGUUAGUUUAUAGGUCUUUUUGGCUGGUGCCGUUAUUCUUUUUAAGUAGAGUUAUAAAUGCCUUCUGGUUUCAGGAUAUUGCUGAUUCAGCAUACAGAUACAGUAGGGGUAGGCCUGUAGCUUUUCCAAGCAUCAGUGAAUUGUUUGCCGAUUCAAUUUUUAGCAUAUUUGUACAAUUUUUAUUCUUGCUACAAGCAAGUUUGACUAGUUAUAUACCAAUAUAUCCAGUGGGAUAUAUAUUGUAUGUGGUACAAAUGUCCUUAUUAUAUUCACUGUAUUCUUUUGAGUAUAAGUGGUUUAAUAUGGGCUGGAAAUUGCAUGAGAGACUGGCUUUCAUAGAGAACCACUGGCCCUAUUUUGUAGGUUUUGGACUGCCAUUGACGAUUUUUACCCAGCUCUCUGAUUCAUGGGUUGUAAGCGGUUGUGUCUUUUCUAUUUUGUUCCCUUUCUUUAUUCUGAGUGGAAACGAAGCUAGUCCAGUCACUGAUGCUAGUGAUAUUCAUCUACAGUUAUUCACUCCAGUUAUUGCAGUUGCUAAUACGUUUUUUAGCAAAAUUAUUGGCAAUAACAAACAUAUUCCUAGUGCAGCAACAAAUGCAAAUACCAUGCCACAACAAACUUCCAGACUAAACAGGAGAUAAAGGGUAACAAUUUUUCAAAACCAAACUUUGAACAUAUUUUAACUUAAGCAUAAAACUAGUAAAUGUACAUUUAAAACAAUGGGACUGAUUUAUUGUUUUAUUUUUUAUAUAAAAUAAAUAAUAUUUAUAAGGA